AGCAUGUUUGGUUGUUGUAUGUUUGUGUGUUUGUAGAAUGGAGUAUCAGUCUGCACUGUGUUUGGGGCAAAAGUUUUGGUGCCUGACUGCAUCAAUUCAGAGCCCUUAUUUGCAUUAAUCUCUCUGGAGCAAAAGUUUUAGUUGUCUUUUUUAUUUUUUUAACAUUUUCAAGUUUUAGUUAGCCACUCUGUCUAUCCCUUGAUAUGCCUUUUCUUGCCUAGCAGUGUUGUGAAGGAAUUGAGUCCUGUUGUAGGGAUUUCUUAUGGAAAGGUCAUAACAGCUAGGGCCUGCCCCUUGUUGCCUGGGAAGGAGUCUGUGUUCCAAGGUCAGAAGGAGGAUUGGGUGUUAAACAAUUGAAGCCUUGGAAUCAAGCUGCUUCUGAAGAACUAUUAUGAUGCAUCAAUGCUUAGCCUGAGAGGAUUUGGUCUGCUUGGACUCGUGCAGAGUUGUUGAAAACCCAAAGCAUGUGGAAUAUUAAAAUUCCCGCUGUUUUUUCUUGGUUGUAGACAAAAUUAUUGAAGAUGCAGGGAUUGUUUAAGGCCUAUAUCAGAAUGGUUGUUGGUGAUGGGAGAGAAACCUCCCUAUUCUUUGACUGGUGGUUUGGGGAGAGUAGAAUCUGUGAUAGAGCAGGGUGGAUAGAUAAGGAGAAUUCAUGGGGGAGAACUGUGAAUGUGGCUGGCUGGUGGGUAGAUGGUCAUUGGAGAAUACCACGGAGCUUUAAAAGAAUAUGACCUGAUACUGCUGCUUGGCUUUUAACUGCUUCAGGUGAGUUUUCCGUUGCUAAUGCAUAUAACCUCUUGUGCCUUAGGAAGAGGACGGUAUUAUGGCAUAAAAUGGUGUGGUCUAGCUGUGCAAUCCUAAGGCAUGCUUUCAUUAGCUGGCUCAUAGUUAGAGAUAGGCUCAAGACAAAAGUGGUGUUAUGCCAGAAAGGGAUUGUGGUUGAUAGUGCUUGUGUUUUGUGUCAGGAAAGUGAGGAGAAUUGCCAACAUUUACUUUUUGAGUGUGCCUAUGGAAAGGCAGUCUGGUCUGGAAUCUUGCUGGAGUUGGGUAUAACUUGUCCCCCAUAUUGUGGAGUUGUGAGUGGUUGUGGCUGAGCAGUCUAUGUAGGAGUUGAGGAAGACAGGCUAGAAAGAAUCAAAGCUGCUUUUGCUGCCUCUGUCUACCAUAUAUGGCAGGAAAGAAAUUCCAGAAUAUUUUGCCACCAGAGUAUCCCCAUCAGUUGUUGUGAGCUUAGUGAAAGCAUGUAUUUGAUUUAAGGGCUGCUUAACUGUUUUAUGUUAGCUUAUGUUUAGAGUACUGAGUUUGUGAACCUGGGUAUGCCUGGGUAUAUAAAUGUAAUUACCCAGUUGAGAUUUUUGCAAUAUAAUGAACUUACCGGU